GCAGCGCAAAAGGGUUCUUUUCAAACCAUUCGAUACUUGUUAGAAAAUAAACUAGCAGACGUGAAUGAUGUGGAUGCCCAAGGUGCAACAGCUUUACAUUAUGCUACAUUGGCCAAUAACGAUGUCUGUGUCAAGUUUCUCAUUGAUAAAGGGGCUGUGGUGGAUGCACCUGCUGGCGAUUUAAAAGCUACACCUCUUCAUUGGGCUAGCCGGUCAGUCUCUUUGUACUGUUACUAA